AAAAUCUAUUGUGUAAAAAUUUGUUGCGUAGCUCUAAUUUUUAAUGCGACACAUAUCACCUGGGAAAAAUUAUGGGCAAUUAUUUGCCAGGUACAUACCCAAAAAAGUGCACUUCUCCGACUUAACCUCUACCAAAACCUACAAACAAACGAAGAUACCCUUCAAACGAUCAAUACAUUUUUUUUACCAAUUCGCGCACCAGCAAGUUAAGCUUUAAAAUGGAUGACGUUUGAAAAAACGUCAUGGUUUUCAAGCUUUACCAAAACAACAACAACAAAACGAAAACAUAAAAAAAAAUAUAUAUAUCGACGCAGAAACAAAAUGGUGAACAAAUUUUUUCAAGGAAUAGUUUUAGAUCUUAUCGAAGACCAAGAAGAGCAACAUCUUUUGUGUUUUGAAUCGUGAAAAUAUCAUCGAUUUUUGAUAAAAAAAAAAAAAACAAUUUGUUGAAAAAAUUAUGUGAAUAAUGUGAUUUUGUGCAGCGCAGCCAUAUUGGAAUUUAUUUUUUCAUUUUCAAGUGAUGACUGCGUAAUAUAUCUUGAGAACGGUUAUUACUGAAUACCUGCCGAUAAAGUGCAGUUUUUUUUGUUGUUCUACACGUGGGUGUGUGUGUGACGCCAUUUUGAAAAACACUUUGCCGACCAAUAUCUCGAGAACGACUUUGAAAAUUGAAACACAAUUUUCUUCACACGGAUUUCACGGAGAAUACUUUUUUCAUAAUUGCAAACAAGAAUAAACACACAAUACAAUGGGAGACAUAGAUUAUGAUAGUAAGUUUAAUGAGAUGCAAAAAUACAUUCCAUUUUUGGAUCGUGUCAUUGAGAAACUAAAAAACAAUGACCAAGAUAAGCCACGCAAGGCACAACUAGAUAAAAUGCAAACAUUACAUGGUUUACUUAAUAACAAAGAAAAAAAACUCAAGAUGGAGACCUUAUUGAAAUGUGAAUCGGUAUUAAAAAAACUUUAUGCUAAAAUUGAAAAGUCUGAUGAUGUCGCCCCGUCGAAUCCGUCUAGCAUUUCGACUACUACGACGACUACAAGAUUAUCUUCCGAUGCAGCAUCAGUGACAGCAAAAAAUGUACAUAACUCUACACCUGCAUCUCAAAUAGCUGCACCACAUAUUACACCUGCAUCUCAAGCAACAUCAGCACGUGCCGCCACUGCAAGUGCUAGAAACAAAUUCGUGCCAAAUCGCAACUUAAUAGAAAUAUACACCUGCCCUGCUAGUCCUCCACAUUUGGGUGAGGAGGAUUUUCGGCCACCGGUUGAAAUUCCUACAGAAAGACGAUCUUCUCCAGUGAAGUUCUUGUCCAGUCCUCGUUGGGAUCAAAAAAGUUCCAAAGAAACAAUAGAAAAACAAAUUCCUACUCAUCCAUCAAGUACUGCAUCGAGAUUUCAAAAUCGUUCCACAGAUUUCUUUCACAGUACCCAUCACAAACCUACUGAAAAGCCCCAAAAAACUUCCCGCUGGUCGGAUUCUAGAGAUCAUACAAGAGAUAUAUCACCCGCUUCAUCUUCCGCCCAUCACAGAUCGUGGUCUGCAACAUCAACUAGUUAUUCGUCGUCGAAUAAAAAUCGAUCAUCACAUGGUCAGAAGUCGUCGAUAUUUAGUUCAGAGGAAGAGAACUGGGAUGAACCGGAAGAAGAUACUUUACCAAAAUCAAAGCCAGAUCCUAAAACAACGAAUACAUCAACAUCAUCAAAAUCAAGUCACCAUCAUCGUCAACAUGACAAAAGUUAUAGAUCCCAGGCCGAACAUUCAUCAUCUCCACAGCCUCCUCCAUCUGCAUAUCAUCAUGUCUUGCCAGAAUCAAGCAUGGAUAACGAUGCUUUUCAAAACAGAUUAUAUCACGAAACAAUUUAUAAUUAUAAGAAACCAGAUGCGUUUAGUAGUUUUAUGAAUCCUCCACCACCAGAGGCAAGAACUCCACCAAAACCACAGCCAGUAGGCAAUGUAUUUAAUCGUUUGGGUGAUAAAGUUGAUCCUUAUGAGAAUUUCAGUAUUCGAGUGAAGAAUGACAAAAUCAAAUCAUCCAAGGCACCUCAUAGACCAAUACAAUCUCCACCACCACCUCCUCCACCUUUAUUAGUUCAAACCCGACCAAUUGGUGAGGUUCUUAAAAGUCCUCCUCUCAGUGCGGAUGAUAUUGAUGAUUUGCUAAAUGAAUCACUCGAAGCAGCUAUUGGGAAACAAAAGAAAAGUCUUUCUUCAAGUGAAAACUCAAAAGACCCCAAAAAACCAACUUCAUUAGAUGCUGUGAGAAAAAAACUAGCCAUGAUCUCUAAACCUGCUUCACCAUCACCUGAACUAGGAAGUCCGCCUAGAGUAGAAAAUAAAAGCGAAGAAGAACCAUUCUACCGGAGAGGACACACCCCAACUAAAAAACCAAUUGAUAUUGUUGAAAAUGAAAAGGUAACAGAAACUGGCCCAAAGGAAGCUACAACCACCACACCAACUACAGUACAACCAAGCAGCAGUACUUGUCCGUUACCUUCUCCAAAAUCACCUCCAAAUCCAAUGGAUAGGGUUGUAGAACGUUUAGCCUUGAAAUACAAGCCACACAAAAGGCGAGAGUCUGUGUGUGUUGACCGAAGUCAAUUCCAACAGACCGAGAAAACAAGCACGCCUCCUUCUCACACCAUGGACCCGAAGAUUAAUUCCGUGGGUCAUAGGGGUCAUGUGACGGAUCCGCGUGUAGCGAAAAAUAUGGCACACAUUCCUCCACUUAUGGCGACACCUGUGCCCAAUGUUCUACCCACAAUCAAUCACUUUGAUCCUCGCCUAAGAAACACUCAUCCUUUGAAUAAAGAUCAUAUACCAUUUAGCGUACCUAAACCUUAUUCUCCAAUUCCUAGUCUAUUGGAUAUUCAUAUUCCUCUUAUUCCUCCAUUAGCAGCUUAUAAUGCUCCAGUAAAUAGUGGCGUUCAGCCCCCGUUGCCAAGUUAUAAUAUUCCAAACAUCCAAAAGCCUCCGCUACCGAAUUACAUUCCUCCCAACUCAAACAGAAUAGAUCCAAGAACACAUAAACCACCAGCUAAAAUUUAUGCUGAUAAAUUCAAUGCCGAACGAAAUGAUAAAACGGAGAGAAUGAAAUAUUUAGAAUCCAAGAGGAAUAAGCCUCCUGAACCGAAGACGUAUGGGGAAUACAGAAAAAGACAGCAAAUGGAAGAAGAAGAAUCGAGUAAAACAGCAACGACAACUGAUCCUACGAUACCAGUUGCACCAACAAUUCAAUCAAUGGUGCCUUCAACGCUGGAUAAAAUGUAUAGAAAUGCUGAUUAUGGUAAAGAAAUGACAGGAAGCAUACAAGGCUUUAAAAUUCCUAAAAAACCUAAACCAGUAGAAGAACCCAAAGUUGUGGAUACAAAGAAAGAUGAUUCGGAACUUAAGCCUCCUGAGGAGUCUACAAAAACUGUUGAAUCUUCUGGAAAAGUUGGAGAAACUUUGAAAAAACCGGAAGAGGAGCCAACUAAGAAAUCCGAAAAAGAUCAAUCAGAAGCUAAUGAAUUGCCAAAACAAAAAGAAAAACUUCCAAAACAAAAUGAUAAAAAUGUACAUAAAGAAACAAAGAAAUCAACUAUUCCAGAAACUAAAAAGUCUACAACAAAGUCUCAAGUCAUCGAAGAUGAUAUUGAGACAGAUUUUGUUAAAAUAGAAAAUGAUUUAAAAACAAGUAAAAAAUCAAAUAAAAAACCUAAGGAAAUUAUCUACAUAAUUGAUUCAGAUAACGAAGGUAACGACUCCGAUGGGGAACUAUUGAAAUCUAGUUCACAAACUUCUGAGAUAUUAGAUUCGUCAAUAAAUGAGAGUAGAUUGGUAAUCGAUGAGAGUGAAACUACUACAAAUUCACUCGAAAACAAUGCAGAACUCGAAACACCAACAAAAACAACUAUGGUGGAGGAAAAAGAUGAAAGUGAGAAUGAUUCCCCUCAGCCGAGGUUAAUACGUUCUCGGAGGUUGCGAAAUAAGAAUAAUGUUUCAAUAAUUGAGAAUACUCCUUCACCUGAAAAAAUUGAAACAAAAAUAUUACCACCACCUCCACCCCCACCAGCAGCAGCAGCAAAACCCAAAUUGAACGAAGAAGAGAAAAAGGAAGAGGUUAAACCAGAACCGCGCAGAAUCACCACACGACGUUCAACAAUAAUUGUGAGAGAGCCUCCAGAACCACAAGUUGAAAGAAGAAAAAGUGAAAGUCCUUGUUCUCGUCGGACAGCUUCUGAUAUAUUCUCUCCAACAACAGAUAAUUCUGUAGUUUCAACUCAAAAUAUUAUUACUGGCAAGAGGAGGACAAGGGCUUCAAUUAAUUUCAAUGAAAAAAAUACUAAAAAACCUGCAACACCUAAAACAACAGCAACACCUCCAGUAACAGCACCAUCAGCUUCUACCCCUCCUUCAACAACUCCAACUCAAACACGCAAAACCCGUGCAAAAUCAAUCGAUUGCAGGAGUGGAGGUAAAAAAGCACAACAGAAAAAAGAUAUUGUUGAAAAGAAAAAUUUAGAAGAUGGACAGAUAUGUGCAGUUAGUAGCACAACAGAAGGGCCACAUAAUGAGCCUCCAGUUGUAAGCGAAAUUUCUGCAUCACCUGAAGAACCAAGUAGUUCGAAUGCAGUAGAUCCACAAACUGCAGUCGUCGAUGCUGAUAAUAAGAAGAAACAAGAAUUUUUAGAAGGAUUCCUAAUGAGUAUUGUGGAUCCAACAACAAACAAAGAUCGUAUACUGGACAUGUUGAAAUCUGUAUUGGAUGAAAAGAAACUGCAGCAAGUCAAGGAAAUAUUGUACAGUCCAGCAAAAGACGAUAGCAAGAAUGAAUCGGCCAAGGAAAAAGAACUCCAAGAGCACGAGCCAGAGUCAAAUAAACCUCGUGUAACAAAACACAAGAAAAAUGAACUCGACCGUCUGAAUGAAGACAUCCGAGAUAUGUUUAUAUGUCAAGGCGUUGUAACUGCCACCGGUCGGCGAAUGUGUACUCUUGCGAAGGAAACGGAAACGCCCAGAGAAACAAGGCAAAAGAAACCUGUUCCAGUUAAAAAUCCAGUUAAAAAGAAAAAUAUUCCAUUAAAAUCUGCUAAAGGACCAACUCAACCAGCAUCUUUGUUAAAUAAGCGUCCAAUGCGCAAGGCUAAAGUUUUGAUAAGCCCAUUAAAUAUUAGAGCACUGCGAAGUCGAAAUCCAAAAGCAAAUACCUCCCCCAAAAUGCCUACUCUUGCACCAAAUACUCCAAUCAAACUACCCAAUGAAACUCAUCCAAAAGUCAAAAAUAGAAAAAUUAGUGAAGGAGACGUUGUGGAAACAAAGAAAACUAGUAAGAAUAGUAAAUUGGAAGAAGACGAUGAUGAAGAAAUGUUUAUACCAAUUAAGAAAAAGCCUGGUCCCAAGUCGAAACGUCAGGCAUCUGAUGUCUCUUCAGAAACAGAUUCCUCAGAUGAUGAUAUUGAGUUAGCUUACUUAAAAAAUAAAAUAAAGAAAUUGGAUGAAUCGAAGAGCGAAAAAGAGAAUAAUAAAAAAUUAAAGGUUGUUAAGAAAACCGAAAAAGAACAGGAAGAAACAGAGAAAGUGGUUUCACCAAAAGAAGAAGAGGCCAAACCGAAAACGAAAGUUGUUUUACCAAAAGAAGAGACUAAACCGAAAGCGAAAGUUGAAGUUCCCAAAGAAGAAACAAAAACUAAAAAUGAUGAAAAAGAAAAAGUAAUCGAAACAAACGAAAGUGAAAAGACAGUUGAAGAAAAAGAAGACAAACCCGAACAGAAGUCAGAAGUUUUCGUAAAAAAUACUAAUCCCGAAUAUCAUACAAAGUCUGACUAUUCCAAUUGUUGUGUUAUCUGCAAAGAGAAGGCACGUUUCAUUGCACCACAUUAUCUUCUCGCACAUAAUGAUUCCGAAGUCUACACAUCACGACUUCCACAAGCUGUCUUGGAAGAUAUUAAACUCAACAUUGGCAAUCGUGCAUUCUAUUCAAUUCCUAAGAAACCGCAAAUAGCUUACCAAUAUAAUUGUCCAUUUUGUGACUUUAAAUCGGCACAAACACUUCGUGGAUGGAUGGAACACUUCACCAUACACACUGGCGAAUAUGGUCAAAAAUGUUCCAAAUGUUUCAAAGCAAUGAACAGUGCUAGCUACUUGUCAGAUCAUCUUAAAAAAUCUUGCCCUGGCGCCAAAAAAAUCAACAGAGAUCCAAUUAAUCUUCGUGGUCUAGGAAUAAAUGGUUAUGUAUGUCAGUUAUGUAACUUCACUCAAAUGCUCCAAGGAAAUGUUGUACGUCAUUUGAAAAUUCAUCAUAGUCUCGAAGACCCAGCAGCUGCUAAAAGUAAUAUUUUUGAAAUACGAUUAAUUGACGUCGCAGGUGUUCCAAAGAGAGACGAUAUUAAAGUCGACGAAUCAGUCACUGAUACAUCUUUAAAUGAUUCAUCUGCUGUUUUAAAGAGUGUCCCUGAUGUAGUUCCAAGUACGCCGAAAGAAUCAAGUAUGGUCAUUGAAGAAGAUCCUUUGAAAUUAACCCAAGAAGAUAAUCUAGUUGAGUUGGAUUCCAAUGCAACCAAUACAAUUUUAUCGGUUGAUGAUAAGGUUGAGGCUGAAAAUAAGGCUGAGACUGGAAAUAAAACUGAGGCUGGAAAUAAAUCGGAAGCUGAAAACAAAGCUGAGUCUGAAAAUAAAUCUAAGGCUGAAGCUGAAAAGAAAAUAACCGACGAAGAUGAAGAAUCAAUUAAUGAACUUUCCAUUAUUCCAAACAUGGAAGCAUUCCUCCCUAGAACACUAAUAUCUCCAACUUCUGGAAUUCUUAAAGAACUUUCACCAGCCGAAUUAGAUGAAAUCAUCGACUUAGAUGAUGAUUCUAUAUUCCCAGAUGAGCCAACGGCGCCAUCCAUAAGUCAAACUCCAGUUGAAAAACCAUCAAGCAUCGCCAUAAAACCAGCAAACAUGGAGGUAUUUCUACCUCGUGACAUAGCCUCACCAACUUCUCUCGUUUUAACCGAAAGCUUGAAAUCAAUUGAAAAAGACAACGACUCAAGUCUCAGUAAAACCAAGCCAACUGAAAAGAGAAUGACUAUUGCUGAGAAGCUAAGUCAGAGAUUCAAAAAUAUUGAAAAACAAAAUAUAGCUGAUGAUGCUGCUUCAACAGGAAAGACAAUUCCAGAAAAGGAUAUCAGUCAUGAAGUUUCAGUAUCGUCUGUUCCAGAAGUUGAUCAAAUAGAAGAAAGACCGGCAACAAGUGAAAAGGCAUGUCAGUUGCCAACAGUCGUAAAUUCUCCUGCAUCAAAUCGGUCUAUAAAUGAAUCUGGUGGUAAUCUUGUCAUUGAUGAACAAAAUGAUUCUCAAACAAGAGAUGAUGACGCCGCCUCAGACAGUGAUGAUGCAGGGUAUGAAGAUGAAGAAGAUGAUAACGAUAAUUGGGAAGAUAUUGAAAUCACUGAGACAAAAGGUGGAACCCAAAAAGACAAAAAUAAUAAAAAUAAAUCAAUUUACAAAACUUUAAGUCGCCUGUACGCAUCGAUUGCGCCAAAGAAGACUUCCAAAAAGACGACAAAAGAAAAAGAGAAGAAAAAAGCUGAGACCUCACAGAAAUCAUUAUCUGAAACAGUCACUUCCGCAUCAAAAUCCAAUGAUAAACAGUCGACUUCUGAAGAAAAUUCAGAUCCAGCACCAAAACCAACAGAAAAACCACAACAACAACAUCGGUUACCGAAUUUAUCAGAAUUUAUUCUCGAUUCACAAACAGAUUCUCUAGAUAUUCUUUUGAAUUCAAAUUUCAAUUGCCUCGAAGGCGAUGGUAGUAGUUUCCCACAUUUGGAUUUGAAUGACUUGGAUUCGUCAAUAUUCCCUCUGCCAGAAGAGCAAGAAAACAUUCAAGAUGCCAUAGCUAUGGCCACGGACUUGGAUUCAAACAAAUAUGACAUUCUUGGCAAUCCAGUUUCAAUAAGUCCAAAUUCAGCACCUCCAAAACAACAACCUUUGUCAACGAUAAUUCAAAAAAUUGGAUGCUUUGGCUUUUCUUUGUGCGGCAAUUCCCUCAAAUACUAUUGCAUGGUAAAAUCCUGUGCAUUUCUAUUUUCCGACCAUCCCGAUGGACUUCAAAAUCAUUUUCUAUUGGAUCAUCCCAAUCUCAAAUGGGACGGAUAUUGUCAUACUUGCAAAAUGCAAGUGGACUAUGGCGACUGUCGGGAAAUGAAACACUUGUUGGAUGUACAUUCAAAAGUGAGAACAGAUGAUCCAGGAAGCGGUGGUGGUGGUAGUGACAAACCAAGAAUUAAAUUUCGCAGACUCACUGGAGAUAUCCUUUCAACAGAUAAACCAAAGAUUGAUACUGCAUCUAAUGAAGUUGUGUUUGAAUCAUUUAGUCCUGCUCCUAGUCGUUCUGCAACUCCUCAAUCCGCAUUACCCUUUACCAUAACAUCAUCCUAUAACUCACCUUCUUACAAUUCGCCAUCUCCAUCUCCCAAACCUGUGAAUGUCUCAUCUUCCAAAACGCCAACCUACACAUUGCCAUCCACCAACCCGUCAUUAGAUAUAAGUUUGUCAGAAAUGUUGCAAAGUGAGCCAAAAGCAAUGCUCCCAUCAAAAUCUAGACCCAAGCAUCGGGAAUUAAGUUUGUCAUCAAUGUUACAGAGUGAGCCAAAAGCAAUGAUUCCCCCAAAAGCACCACCCACUUCGAAAAAUAUCGACAUACCGCUCUUCAAGAAUGUUAGCAAGGAGUUUGCCAUCACUAAUGUAGCUGAAGGAGUAUCCGAUAAUGAUCUAUUGAAUAUGGUCUUCAAACAAGUUGACUCAAGUCCAGGAGGAAUUCAAAUUAGUCAGGUGGUAAGCCUAAAUGCUGGAGGCAAAUCUGUAUCGCAUAUGCCUAUGAAGCCAGUCUCUAACAGUGUAACUGUGACACCCGUGCCCAUAAAGCCAAUACCUGGUCGUAUAACUUUAUCUGGACGAAGGAGUUCUGUGUGUGUGUCAUCUGCAUUUAGAGAUCAACAGUCAAGAGCAUCUCCUAAACCAAAUCAAAUGACUUCAUUGUUAACUCAGAGGAAUACCUCUAGUCCUAAACCAAAUCAAAUGACUUCAUUGUUAACUCAGAGGAAUACCUCCAGUCCAAUGCCAAAAAAUCAACAUAUGGCCUUUGUUUGUGGCGUAAUGCAAUGCUCCUUCUCCACAAACAUGCGAUCAACGAUGAAUGAACAUAUUUCAUCUCAUAUUCGGCGGGACAACAAUCGUGAUGCAUUAAAAUGCCAUAUUUGUCCUUUUGUGGGACAGGAAAUAGCAAGCUACUUCUCCCACAUGACACUAAACCAUUCAAGGCCCGAUGGGGUUGUGACGUCGUCACCUUUAUCGUCUACGACAUUUGAUUUGACUCAAAAAAUUCAAGACAUUCUGCGGAAUACUGGAAAACCUAAACCAAAUCAAUCAAGUGAGCAAGAGCCACAGCAGAUAAGUCAACCAACGUCACAGGAAAUUAGUACACCUCCAGCAGCACCACCAGCGGCAACAAAAGUAGCAAAACCAACAGAUACUAGUUUUGCCAGCAAAGUGAGAAAAGCUGCAGAGGAGGUAGUUGCCGAAACGGGUCUACCCGAAGAAGAGAUCUGGAGAUGUAUAUUCUUCCCCGAAUGCGAUUGUACUGUCUCGGAGAAGGAUUUCCAAACACAUCUCGGUACACAUACAAAUAUUGUACCCACAUCAUUUCCCAGUAUACCGCCAGGUAGUUCCUUGCAUUGUCCACACUGUACAGUAAAUUACUAUCGAGCAGCUGUGUUGAAAGCUCACAUGAAAACCCAUGCUCGACAUCAGUAUUUCUGCUUCAUAUGCAGUCUCACAACCUUUGCCAACUAUCAUCAAGUUCAAAAGCAUUUUAGUGAUAUUCAUGCGCGUUCGGGAAAUCUACGACCACAAAAUAUGAUUCCAGAUGACGAAUCAGAUAAGCCGGCAUUUUUCGUUACCAAUGAUGUUGAACUCAGUCCCAUGGAACUGGUUCAAUUUGGAGAGAAACUCAUUGUCGAUUGGGAACGAAAGAAAGCUCUAAAUAAAACCCACUUCCAACCGAGUGAACAAAAUCUACUCCCUCUUCAACCGAUCUUCAAUAAUCAAGUCUACUGCUCGGUUUGCAAUUACAAGACCAAAGUGAGAACGAAUAUGUUCAGGCAUUUGCAGUUGCACAAUCAGGAUGUUGAUGUGGGAAGUGUUGAUCCUGUAAAUCCAGUGCCAUGUCUUGAGAAGAAUGAAAAACAUUUCGAUAAGAUGACUAAUCUUGCUUGUAGCUCCAACACAGGUGGACCAAUGAAGCCCAAAGAGAGUGUCAAGAUUCCAGUUUUUGUUCCUGAUUUGAGACGAUAUGUGUGUGGUCAUCCUGGAUGCAAAUAUCUCACACUCACCGAUCAAAUGUUGCGAUCCCAUUUGAAUGCUCUCCAUGGCAGUGAAAAGGGCUAUAUGUGUCCACAUUGCCAGGAGGAAAUUUGCAAAAAGAACAUGUGCGCCGAGAGGAUCGUCCAGCAUCUCAAGUUCCAUGGGAACAAAAUUUACCAGUGCAGUGAAUGUGAAUACUUCCACUACACGAAACAUGUGGUGGAACGACAUGUCAAUGAAAAACAUACUACUGUUCCAUUUGUCAACCUGCUAACCUAUGAUCGGAGUGAAAAUGAAACCAAGAAGACUUCGCAAGUCUUUCCGGGUAGAAAUGUGACGACACCAAGUCAAUCGGAAUAUGAUUCUCCUGCUGAACCCCCAACAACAUCGAGCACACCUCCCAAUACCAGAAUGAAAUGGGAGUGUGCCAUAUGCAAACAUCAAACGGUGACUUGGAAUCAAAUGAUCUCACAUGCAAAUUCCUUGCACAAUGCCAAACAUCAAUACCACUGCGUGCACUGUUCAUUUGGGUCAGCACAUUUAGCUCACAUAAUGGACCAUAUCGACAGCAAACAUCCCACAAAAAUUCGGGAAGCAAAGUAUGUGUUUUAUAAAAUCAAUGAAACACAACAAGAUAAGGCUGCUGACACUCGGCCGUUAUGGUCAAGAAACGAUCCGAAACGAGUGAGAAGUAUUCGUGGUAUUCUUAUGGAAAAUGAAGAAGAUGCCGAGCGAACUAAGAAGAAUCUUAGUCGUGCUGGUGUAGAUUCUGAUGAAGAUUUAGAUGAUGGUGAAUAUGAUGAUGUAAUUCCAGUAAGUGAUUCAGAAUCCUCAACAAUCCCUGGUGGAUUAUCCUGCUUCCAUUGUAACUACACCAGUGUGGAAAUGAGUUCGCUUGCGCAGCAUUGGAAAACUAAACAUUGGCACGAGAAGAAUAAUGAAAUGGUCCCGAGGUUGCCAUUUUUCUUUCGGGUUCAUACAAUUUUGAAAUGUCCGCUUUGUACACAUGUAGGAGACCAUAUCAAUUUGAAGAUUCAUCUCAUCAAUGUACAUGGGCAGAAGAAUUUCUGUGCAGCGGACCCAAACCUCUCUAAUACUUGUGGCCAUUGUCCGUUUGUGUACCCACCCAAAAGACUGGAAGUCCUAACUAACCAUUACCUGCGUGAACAUAAGCCUACCGAUGUGAAGAAUCUAUCAUCGGGACUGCUUAAGAAUUUGCUGGCGUUGGGUGAGUGUCAAGUUUAUAUGCAGUGUUAUUUCUGUGCCGAAAUCUGUGCAGAUAAAACUUCAAUCAUUGAACACGAACGUGAACGCCAUAAAAAUUCAAACUUUCGCUAUAAGCAAAUCAAAGAUGAUGUGAUUUAUCGGUGUGGACUGUGUCAAUAUUCAUCGACGAAUGAAUUGGCAACUCUGCGGCACAUGAUCGAUCAUUUUAGUGGUUUUAGCUUUUGUCAUUUCUGCAAGAGUGCUCAGAGUAAUUUCAAUUCCUAUAUGCAGCACUGCUAUUCGAGUCAUGUGAAGGCGCUGGCUAGCUUUAAAGAGAUUUACAAAUUUGACACAGUAGCAGCAUUUUUGGGGCAGAUGUUGUUGAUAUUUCCAAAUGGUCUUAUUAUAAAUAAGAAAAAUCUGCAACACACUCAAUAUGGUAAUACAGAGAGAAUUCAGGCGAUGUAUGAUGAGAUUUGUAAGAAGGCCCUUGAACCGCCAAUUCCACCCUUGUGUAUGGGUCGUUUACUGGCGGCGAAAAAGUCUUCUCUAGAAGCUCAAACAUUACUUCCUCCUCCACCGCAAGCAGUGACAGCAAAGCGAAUAGCAAAACGAAGAAGUACUGUAGCCAUGGGUGGAUGUGAACGAGGACUGACUAACUUUUUAGUUCCACCAGAACCUCAGAAAAUAAAGAAGAGAAAAUCAUCGAUAUGUGGAGAUUUUGUCCAGCCGACAGCACCUCUUUUUAGUACAAUUACAAAAUCAAAUAACGUUGUUGAAAGAUCAAUACAACGUCAACCUGCAGAAAUAAAAGAACCUCAAGGUUUUUCAUUCUAUGGCAAAAAACCUGACCCAAUUGAUUUAUCAAAGAUCUACACACACAUUGCAAUUGGAGAUAAAUAUGCUCCGGUUUCGGUGAAAAAGUUUUCACUUUUAUUUAAAAUUAACACCAAAGUUAUGGUUGAACCAAUGGACCAUCGAAGAUAUCAUCAUAAUCAACAAGCCAAGAAGAGAAAUGCAAACUUUAAUAGACCUUGCCCAGCAAGCAAAAAGAAAAGAUUAGCAUAGAAAUAUAAGUAAGAGAAUUAUUUACUUAAAAAAAAAGAAGUUAAGUUGGAGUUUUUAUUAAAGAUCAGAGACGACGAUCCAGAGCACGUGUCGGUCGAUCAAAUUUUUAUCAACAGUUUCCUGCUGCUUUGUUUAUUAUUAUUUUUUUUUUUUUAAUUUUUAUUAUUAGUUAAUGAAUUAUGAACCAAAUGUAAAUAAAUAAAAAUU